AUGUCAAAAAGGAGGAGUAUUAGGUUGGUAGAAAAGGAGGUUGAAGAAUCUCCUGAAAUUGAAACUAAGAACACAAAGGAUGUGGCUGAACCCGUGGAGGAACCGGUUAUGGAGGAAGAGGUUGAAGAUGAGGAAGAAGCACCUUUAAUACGGAGGAAUUCAAGGAAGCCAGCAACCACAAAAUCCACCACUACAAAAACAACUACACCAAAAUCCACUACAAAAUUUACCACCACAAAAGCGGAUCCCACACCAAAACCGAUUGAGGAGUCUAAGCCAGAGGAGUCGGAGAAGCUGGAGGAGUCAGAACCGGAAACGGAGUCGGAGCCGGUGGGUGAUUCAGAACCGGAAAAUCAGGAGAUGGAGGAAGAAGAAGUUGAGAAGGAGGAUGUUUUAGUUGAACCACAAAGGAAAGAGAUGCAGGCAAAGAAAGUUGCUGCCAAGAAACCGCCAUCAAAAGCGGUUAAGUCUAUUGAGAAGGAGGUUUCCAAACCCAUCACCACAAAACAGCUAGUCAAAACCACCAAACCCAAAAUCCCUACCCCUAAAAUCACACCCAAACCAGUGGAGAAAUUAAAGAAGAAGGAAGGUGCAGAGGUUGAGGGGAAGUUACUAAGAAGGAGUGUUAAGGGUGUUGCCAGCAAGGGCGCAAGGGUAAAGACGGUUGCUAGGAAGGGUGCUGAAUCUUCCAAAGGCAAGGAGAUUGCGCAGGAACCAGAAUCAGACCGUCAACCUCCCUGCUAUGAUGUUGGGUCACAUGAUCUGCUGUGUGAGAAGGCUAAGCAUGCAAUGCCCUAUGGAGGAUGGCUGACCUUAGUAUUCAAGCAUUGGAAUAUUCGUAUGGUGGGAGACUAUGGCACCAUGUCUCAUCUUACGAAUCAGAUUAUAGGUCAGAAGGACAUGUCAUAUACAGAUGGUGUUCUGAAGAUGAACGGUGAAGCAAAGGGUGAUGCAGUUGGUGCAAGGACCAGUACGGAAUCAAUUCAGGCUACUUAUGCCUUGGUCAAGCAGUUGAGUGACCAGAACCAGAUGAUGCAGAAUAUGCUGAAUAGUGUUACUCAACUUUGCACUGUACUUCACGAAUCCAACAGGAGAGUUGAGGUUCGCCUUGACAAAGCUGGUAUUCAAGGUAGAGAGGAUUCUGAGGCAAAGGAAGAGUCCUCCAAUGCUGCUAGUGAUGAAGAUGAUGAUGAACUGGAGGAUGAAGUUGAGGAAAGUGAGAAGGAAGAAGUUGUGAAAAAUGAUGAGCCACAAGUCCAAGUUGGUGAUAAAACUCCAUUGCCAUCACCUCCACCAACUAAGACCUAUGUGCCUCCGGUUCCUUAUCCUCAAAGGUUGGUAGAGAGAAAACUGAGUGACAAGUUCACUAAAUUCCUCAACGUGAUGAAGAGCCUGCAAAUCAAUAUCCCUUUUCUUGAGGCUAUGUCUCAAAUGCCGGCUUAUGCUAAGUUCUUGAAGGAGAUUCUCUCUAACAAACGUAAACUUGAAGAUGAGCUGAUCACCCUACCCUACCAAGAGAGUGCUCUUGUGCAACGAACCAUGCCCAAGAAGCAAAGAGAUCCCAGGAGUUUCACCUUGUCAGCGAAGAUAGGUGAUUUAGAGCCUAAGGGUGCACUGACCGACUUAGGAGCGAGUGUCAAUUUGAUGCCUCUAUCUAUUGAUAAGCACCAUAAAUUUCCUCUUCAUCCUACGCGAAAAACGAUUUAA